AAAAUAUUUGUAACAUUUCAGCGCAUGCUUGGUUUUAGCACAAAACAAACUGAUCGAAAUCUGAUACAUUGGUUACAAGGUUUUUUUGAAUGUUGUGGUGUUUUCGAUUACGAAGAUUGGUUGCCACUAACCGCCAAAAACAGUUUGGUAGAAUACAAUUUGCUAAGUAAGGAAACGAAGCAGUGGGCUCACUGUACAAAAAAUGGAUGUUAUCUGCCCCAUUCGUGUUGUAAAAGCAGUCAGCUAAGUUGUUCUCCACUAAUAUUAUCAAAAAACUGUACAAAAAAUAUAGAAAUUGGAGUGCAGAAAGCCAAUGAUUGGUUUCAUCCUAAUGGUUGUGUGGAUGAAGUGAAAAAAAAACUUGUUACAUUUUUGCCAGUUUUUUUUUCAAUUUUACAUUUGAUAAUACACUGUAUAACUUUGACAUAUUCACAAAUUGCUUGUACAAGCUAUUAUACAGUGAUGCGAUGUAAAGUUCAAGACGAUGCUAUUCUACCCGCGUGGAUUUUACCAUUUCCACGGCCUUAUCCACGAGCUCUUAUCAAAGUUUGUUGUUUAUACAUGAAUUAA